AUGUCAUCUCAAGGUAAUUUAAAUAUCCUUAUCAUCGGUAACGGUGGUAGAGAACAUGCAAUUACUUGGAGAUUAGCCCAAUCACCUACUGUUAAGCAAAUAUAUGUUGCUCCUGGUAAUGGUGGUACUGCCAUUAGUGAUAAGGUCACUAAUGUUCCUGAAUUGUCGGGAUCUCCAAAGCAUUUCGAUGGUUUACAAAAAUUUGCUGUUGAACAUGACAUUAAUUUGGUUAUUCCAGGCCCUGAACAACCCUUAGUUGAUGGAAUUACUUCCAUAUUCACCAAGGUUGGUAUUCCAGUUUUCGGUCCCUCAGCAAAGGCUGCAUUGAUGGAAGGCUCAAAAGCUUUUUCUAAGGUUUUUAUGGACAAGCACAAUAUUCCAACUGCUAGAUUUAAGAAUUUCACUUCAUUUGAAGAAGCCAAAAAGCACGUUGAAACAAUUGACUACAAAAUGGUCUUAAAGGCUGAUGGUAUUGCUGGUGGUAAGGGUGUUUUAAUCCCUGAAACCAAGGAAGAAGCUUUGGUUGGUUUAGACGAGAUCAUGGUUAACAAGAACUUCGGUAGUGCUGGGGAUGAAAUUGUCAUCGAAGAAUACUUGGAAGGUGAUGAAUUAUCUAUAUUAACCAUUAGUGAUGGUUACUCUUUCUUCAAUUUACCAGCCGCACAAGAUCACAAGAGAAUUGGUGAUGGUGAUAAAGGUUUGAACACUGGUGGUAUGGGAGCAUACGCUCCAGCUCCAAUUGCUACUCCCGAAGUUUUAAGAAAAAUUGAUGAACAGGUUAUUAAGCCUACUAUUGAUGGUAUGAGAAAGGAUGGUUUCCCAAUGUGUGGUGUUCUUUUCACUGGUAUUAUGUUAAGUCCAACUAAAGAACCAAAGGUUUUAGAAUAUAAUGUUAGAUUUGGUGACCCAGAAACUCAAACUGUUUUACCAUUGUUAUCUGAUGAUACCGAUUUAGCAGAAGUUAUGUUGGCCAGUGCUGAACAUAGAUUAGAUUCUGUUACCAUUAAGACUAAGCCAAAUAUGUUUUCAACUACAGUUGUUAUGGCUGCUGGUGGUUAUCCAGAUGCUUACAACAAGGGGGAUGAAAUUACCAUAAAGGAACCGUUACCAGAAGAUACGUUUAUUUUCCAUGCAGGCACUGAUAAAAAGGAUGGUAAAAUAGUCACUUCUGGUGGCCGGGUUAUCGCUUCCACUGCUAUUGCACGCGAUUUAAGAGAAUCUGUUGACAAAGCUUACGCCGGUGUGGAGAAAGUUUCUUUUGAGAAGAAAUAUAACCGUAAGGAUAUUGCUCAUAGGGCCUUUCGUGAUGCGGAAAAGGCGUCUAAUAAGAAGGGAGUUACUUAUGCUGAGGCAGGUGUCUCGGUUGAUAAUGGUAAUCUCUUAGUGGAACAAAUUAAAGCUAAGGUUAAGUCCACUGCUAGAUCUGGAGCCGAUUCAGACAUCGGUGGAUUUGGUGGAUUGUUCGACUUAAAGAAAGCCGGGUACAAUGUCGAUGACACAUUAUUGGUUGCAGCUACUGACGGUGUCGGUACUAAAUUGAGAGUUGCCCAAAUUAUGGAGAUCCACAACACUGUCGGUAUUGAUUUAGUUGCCAUGAAUGUUAACGAUUUAGUCGUCCAAGGUGCUGAGCCAUUAAUUUUCUUGGAUUAUUUUGCUACAGGAAAGUUAGAUAUCAAGAUUGCUGCUGACUUCGUGAGUGGUGUCGCUGAUGGUUGUAUCCAGGCUGGAUGUGCCUUAGUUGGUGGUGAAACUUCCGAAAUGCCAGGUAUGUAUGAUGAAGGCCAUUAUGAUACCAACGGUACUUCUGUUGGGGCUGUUUCCAAAUCAAGCAUUUUACCAAAAUUAGACCAAAUGGGUGAAGGCAAUGUAUUGAUUGGUUUAAAGUCUGACGGGGUCCAUUCCAAUGGAUUCUCGUUAGUUCGUCACAUAAUUGAAUCCUCCGAAGAAUUCAACUAUAAGUCUAUUGCACCAUGGUCCAAGAACGGAAAGACUAUUGGUGAAGAACUUUUAGUUCCAACAAGGAUCUAUGUUAAGCAAUUACUCUCUUCUUUAAGCGAAGGUUUGUUGCUUGGUUUGGCCCACAUCACUGGGGGUGGUCUUGUUGAAAACAUCCCAAGAGCAUUACCAAAAAACUUGCAAGCUAAGGUUGACUUGAGCAAAUGGGAAGUUCCAGAAAUUUUCAAGUGGUUCGGUAAGCAAGGUAACGUUCCAUUCGAAGAUUUGUUGAAAACCUUCAAUGUAGGUAUUGGUAUGGUAUUAAUUGCUAAGUCUGAAAACGUCGAUAAAAUCAUCGCUAACCUUACCAAGGCAGGCGAAGACCCUGUUAUUAUUGGUCAAUUAAUAGAAAAGGCCGAGAACGCACCUGCCUGUGUUGUCGAUAACGUUAAUGGUUUAUAUUAA